AUGAUGAAUCAGACAGUAAUGAUGGAAUUCUUGCUUGUGACUUUUACUGAGAGCCAGAUGCUGUUAAAGCUGCAUGCUGUUCUCUUCUCAGUGAUCUACCUAGUGGCCAUGUUGGAGAAUUUAAUUAUCAUCCUCCUCACAAUUCUGGACAAACACCUCCACACACCAAUGUACUUUUUUCUCAGACAUUUGUCCUGUUUAGAUCUGAGUCUCAUUUCUGCCACAGUCCCCAAGUCUGUCCUCAACACCCUCACCUUGAUUGACUCUAUAUCUUUCCUAGGAUGUGUGGUACAGCUCUUUCUGGUGGUACUGAUGGCUGGGUCAGAGAUAGGCAUCCUCACUGCAAUGUCUUAUGACCGCUAUGUCGCUAUCUGCCGCCCUUUGCAUUAUGAGUCUGUCAUGAACAAAGGAGUUUGUGUCCAGUUGAUGGCAGUGUCCUGGCUCAAUGGAGUGGCCUUGGGAAUCUUGUACACAGCUGGGACAUUCUCUCUGAAUUUCUGUGGGUCCAAUAAGAUCCAUCAGUUUUUCUGUGACGUUCCUGCCUUGUUAAAGCUCAGUUGUUCUGAAGAACAUGCAACUAUUAAGCUCAGCGUGGCCAUUGGGGUCUGCUAUGCAUUUUCAUGCUUGGUAUGCAUUGUUGUUUCCUAUGUGUAUAUAUUUUCCACUGUGUUAAAGAUUACAGCAAGAGAGAAGCAGUCCAAAGCCUUCUCCACCUGCCUGCCUCACCUAAUUGUUGUGAGUGCAUUCCUUCUGACAGGCGCUGUGGCAUACUUGAAGCCAGCCACCAAUGAGCCUUCUCUGCUAGACUUGCUGGUGUCUGUGUUCUAUUCGGUUGCACCCCCAACCUUGAACCCUCUUAUAUACUGUCUGAGGAACAAGGACAUUAAAUCAGCUCUAGGUAAAGUCCUGUGGAAUCUGAGAAGCAGUGGAGUAAAGGAAAGAUGA